AUGGAAAAUAUAAAGACCUUGUAUCACAUCUUCUCCAGUGCGGAUGGGAGCCCUGUCGAUGGGGGGGAUCAAAAGAAAUGUUAUAAGGGUAUACAAGACGUGGAGGGUGCUCCGCUAAGCGAGGCAGCUGUAGUGGCGCCCCAAAAGACUCACAAAAAGGUGUCGCCCGAAGAGAGGGCUAAAAGAACAAAUAAGGAAAAGGAACUUUCAUCCCCUUUCAAUCACUUCCCCCAUUUUGGAGAGUACACUGGUGCCCACUCCGCAGAUGUAGAAAGAAGAAGAAGCGAAAGGGAGGAUCGCUCAUUUCGGCAGCGUGGUGAGGUCACUCCAGAUUGGGAAGCUUUGCAGCACGUCGAUGAUCCGUCUGAAUCUCUCGCGAAGGAAGCGAACGAUCGAGAAGGUGAAAUGGUUGGCCAUUCCAAAGGGAAGAUGCCAAGGCGGGGUAGUCACUUGAGGCAUCACAACGGUGGAGAGAAGAAGGACGCCUCUUCCAGCCCCACCAAAGGAGAAACAUCCGAACAACCGAAAGGAAGGCAAUCACACAUGGGAGGGGCAGUCCAUUUGGUGAGGGAACACAACCCAACGGGGGAAGCAACCCAAAACGGUUUUGUGAGCCCAUCAAAGGAGACCCUCUUUUACGAAGCGUUUGCCUCUCUGUCUAGUCAAAUGGCAAAUGAGGGGACCCACGUUGACAAUCCAUUUCGUCGGAACAGCAAUGGGGGUAACCUCCUUAACAUAGAACCUCAGCAGAGCAACCGCGAGAAGGUAGAACCCUCCCUGGGUGGAGCCAAAGUGAUGCCGCUCAAUUGGGAUCGACACGAUUGCACACUGAUUGAUUUACACGCGAGCAUACCAAAAGAGGAGGGAGAAACGUCAAAGGGGGAACCAUCCCCGAACGAGGGUCUUCACCCCCAAUGGGACUUUCUCAAAUGGGAUGAGGCCACUGUGCAGGUAGAACGAACGGAGGACCCAUUUUUAAACCUCAUUGGAGGAGGGAACUUCCCAGAGGGGGUCCCCUUUUUUGAGGAGCACUCCUCCAUGGGGGGAAGCCUUUCAAACGAGAAGGACCCCAUCCGAAUGGGGGACUUCCACACGGGUGGUGUGGCCCCCCUUGGGAGUGAAAAUCCGUUUGGUGAGUUAACCAGCUGGAGUGCGAUGCGGGGAGGUGGGCAGGCAGAGGGGAUGACACGAGAUGUUCAGGUAAAUGCCCAAGCAGAGGGACAGCUCCGCAGUAAUUUGUUCCCCCUGGAUGGUGACUACUCCCCUGGGGGGGAAGCAAACGGAGGAGGGUUCCACACCGGGGGGGGCUCCCCUGUUUGUGGCGUCAACGGAGACACCGCCGCAGAUGAGGAGCUGAUGGGGAGAGACAACCCGGUGAACAACCCUCAUCCGCAUCCGCAUCUGCAUCCUCACCAGUGGGGCAAGUCCCUCACGGGGGAUCCUUUCCACGUGGUCGAUAGCAAAAGAGGGGGAAGCACCCCACCGAACAGUCACAUGAUGAAGAACCCCCCAACUGAAGAAAUAAAAUUACACGACGAAUUGAUAAACCUCAGUGAUGGUCCAACCUCGGAGAUGGGGUUGAUAGGGAAGGGGACCCCCCCUCGUGGAGAACCCAGUGUGGGGUGGCUCUCCCUGGAGGAAGGGAACCACAUGGAUUGCUUCCAUCUGAUGGGAGAGGCUAAAACGGAGGGAGGCAAAAGCCCCCUGUGGGGAAAACACGACUUUUUCAAUUUCGAGCACGAUGAGGAGGUGGGAGCACCGCGGAGGGGGAGCCCCGACUGGGUUGAAGACGUUUCCAAGGGGGUGGUCAGCAGUGAAGAAGGAGCCCCCAAGGAGGGGUCUCAUGUGGGGCUCUUCGCAGCGACGCCCCAUCAAAUAGGUGGCAAAGAGAAAGCAACCGCAAACGCAAACGCGGAAGAGGAGGAGGACCCCGCGCUGACCUACCGCUACAUAACCGAGCAGCGGAUGGUGGAGGAGGCGGCGCCGAUGGAAGACGAGGGCAGCUCCUUCCUAGACAUCAUUGAUGAGAUAGUUAGCAUAAGCAAAGAUAUAAUUGGGACGAAUCAGCACGAGGAUGGCGUCCUGGGGAUUCAGCAGGGGGGCCCAAACGGGGGUAUGAACUGCCUACAGUUUGAAGGGCACCCUCCAGGGGCACUCCAAAUGGGCCACCCCCUCAGUGCAGCCAUGGGAGCUAUGGUAGAAGCGGCUGAGAAAUCUACACAUGAAGGUGUUUCUAACGACCCACCUGAGGAGAAACUCCUCGACGAUGUGUACGUCCACUUUGACCACUUGAGCGAGUCGCGCAGGAAGGGGGAGGACUCAUCUGACGAGGACGUAACUGCAAAUCGAAGGGAAGACUCCCCCUGUGAUGCGGUUCACGGGAAUGCUAGCCGCACUUAUGUGGAUGCCCUACAGGUGGCACACCCCCCUUGGAGAAACAGAUCGACUGAAACGGAAGAUGACGCAGGUGGGGUGAAAGAAGAGGACCCCCAGGAGAGCCCCAGUUUGAGGAUCACCCCAGGAUGGGCAGAUCCCCCCACUAUGCAGCUCUGCGAAGGGAUAUACCACGUGCUGAUGAGUAGGAACUAUUUGGAGGCCCUCCCUGUGUUGGCGGCAUACAGGGGGGAGAAGCAAACCGAUGGAAGGCCCAUAAGUGAGGUAAGCGACGCAACCCACCGUGGUGCUUCUAACUACCUAGGGGACGACUCCCUCCACGGAAAAGUGAAUCUCCUCACCUUCCACACGUACCUCCGAAGAGCCAAAAAAAUGAACAAAAGAGGCUUCGACGAAAUGUACGAUUAUAGCGAUUACGUCUACACACACAUGGACGAAAUAUACCAAAUGGACGUAAGCCGCUUCUUCUUCAACAGCAAUUAUUUGGAAAAUAUGAACAGAUAUGUAAUUAAAAAAAAUAGAAUUGUGAAUGACUUGACGAACGCACACAAUUUUGUGAACGAUUUUUUAAAGAAGAAGGAAAACGUCAUUACGCAGAAAGGGUUUCGCACUGACGUCACCUACCCGAUGUACUUUUUAAUGUUGACCGAUCUGUUAGUAACCCUGUGGCGUAUGUCCCUAUCCCGUUUGAAGGAGGCCAACUGGAGUAAGACGAUCCGCUUCCUAACCAGACGCCUCCGCAGAAAAACAACCAUUCGCGUGUUGAAAAGAUGCCACUCUCUCCUCUCUCGCAUUUACCGGCACCUCACCAAACACCCCCUUGAUGAAAGGCAAAAAAAAAAAAUAAUUAAGACUGUCAAACGGAGCAGGAGCUUCAAGGUGGCUCAGAAGAACGUACGUAGAAUCAACACCUUUUGCUUCUACGUCCUCAUCUUUUUCCUCCCCAUGUCCGUCCCUCCAUUUGGCAGGGACCUCAGCGGGCGUGACUACCUUUUGCACUGCUUCCUCAGAAACGUUAACAAAGUCGUUUUGAGAAGCGAAAACGUGCGCGACGUCGUCCGCAAAGUAGUGAGCAGCUCACAGAGGAACAUCUGCCGGUUGAAGGUGCAUAGCCUCGAGCAGGUGUUCCGCUGCUCCUUUGAAGAUGCCCCGCGGGGGGGUGGACCGGUAAGCGCAGGUGCUAGCAGCCAUCGGAAGGGGCGGUCAAACGGGCAGCCAAACUGCGAACCUAAUGGGCUUCGGAACUGCCAACCAAACCGCCAACCAAAUGGGCUGCCAACCCGCCAACCGAACAGCCUCGCGGAGGCCCUGCGGGACAUCCACAUAAGCGCGAGAAUCGAGCACGUGGAGGAGGAACUGGCCGCCUACCUCAGAGCAAACGCCCACUUCCACGAAACCUUCUUCAACAUCAUCGUGCCCAUGCUGAAUGGCCUCACGACCCUUUUGGACAGCCUGGAGGCCAUCUUUGCCCUCUACGUGAAAUAUAAAGUGAGGAAGAGCAGGGAGUUGAUAUUCUUUCGUAACCCCUGGCUGUGCAGCUACGACGCCUUCCUGUCCUUCAGUCGGUCGGGGGGGCCCGCCCCCAACCGUGUAGAAGGAGGUGGAGUGGUCAGCGAUUCAGCUGGCAACCUAGCGGACGAUUCAGCUGAUAGCUUGGCGGCCUACAUGGCGCAGCAGGACCGCCAACUCGCGCAGGACGACCUGGGCGCGCUGUACAGCCUCAAGAGGGUCAAGGAAAUGCUCCUCCUGGGGGGCAGGAAAGAGGGGGCAUCUCGCUCGAACACAGGCGGGGGUCCCAAACGUAGCCACCUCUCAGAGCGGGGACGCGAAAAUCAAGCCAAGCUAAACGCCUACUACUCCUACAUUUUAAAGCUGUGCCUUGACGAGCGGUACAAAGAAAUAAACACGAGAGCUUUGAGGUGUCUCUUCUGCAGUUUGUAUUUUAGCUGA